ACAGCCUGAAGUUCGAGUUUAGUGUAGUGUAGUGGUGUUUGUUGUUGGUGGUAGUGCAAAUGUUUCCCCCCCUCUCCUUCGCCCUCGAUCCGACGAAGAAAACGAAGAAUAUUCGUUCAAUCAAAAAUUCAAAAUUCGUUAAAAGUCGUUGACCAACCGUCGCAAUCGUCAGUGAAAAUUGAUAGGACUUGAGGGAACAGGCACAACUGUUAUUGCAAAGUUUUUUCUCAAAAAUUUAUUACAACGCUGUAUCGAUUCUUGUUACGACAGAUUUCCUCUCAAACAAUGAACUUGUGAAGAAACGUUUGAGUAAAUUAUACUACACAUCGGAACGAACAUUUCGUAAAACUAAAAAACCUAACCUCGUUCUUACGGAUUUUUGUAUACCGAAUAUCUGUGCAACUCAGCACGAUGGAUUACUUCGUAACGAAUAAUUCUUUAGCACCCGCACCCAUGGGUAUACAGAGUACGGCUGGUGCUGUUCCUGUCAAGAAUGACAAAGGUGAGGUGUCUAUGAAAAAAGUCAAAGUUCAUCGAUACGUGUCCGGCAAGCGUCCUGAUUAUGCUCCUGCAGCAAGUUCAGAAGAAGAAUCAGAGGAAGAUGAUUUCAUUGACAAAUGCGCCCACAAAUCUUAUGAAGAGAGUGAAAGUGGAUCAAAUCAAGUGGUUCCUUCGCAUGCAUUGCCAAGAGAGCAUGAGGAAGAUGAUCCUCGUCUUCGUAGACUAACACGGUUAGAGCGACAACGAGAAAGAGAAUCAGAAGCUUCUCCAGAACGCCAUCGUCAAAUUCACGAACCAGAAAUUCUGGAAACAGAACCGGAAAGAGCGAGAGAGCGAAUCAAACUGGACAGUUCCGAUUCAUCCGAGGAUGAAGAAUUAUCUGACACAGAAAUUGAGAGACGCCGUGUGGCUCUGAAACAGAGACUUCUUUCAAAUAAGGAAGUCGACGAGGAACUUACUCAAAACAUCGACGAAGACAAGUCUGGCGAGAGCUCUGACGAGAGUUCCGAGUACGAGGAAUAUACCGAUUCCGAGGAAGAGACUGGACCACGUUUGAAACCUGUUUUUGUACGGAAAAGAGAUCGUAUCACUGUCAUGGAAAAAGAGAAGGAGGCUAUCAAGCAAAAACAGGCCGAAGCCGAAGCAAAGAAAUUAUCAGACGAACGGAAAAGGCAAACGUUAAGAAUGGUGGAAGAGGUGAUUCGCAAAGAGACUCAAUUGCCGAAGAGUACAGAUCAAGAGUGCAAACUCGACGACGUCUGCACUGACGACGAGAACGACGAGGUUGAGUACGAGGCGUGGAAAUUGCGGGAGCUCAAGAGAAUCAAACGCGAUAGAGAAGAAAGAGAAACAAUCGAGAAAGAACGAUUAGAAAUCGAGAGGAUCCGAAAUAUGACGGAAGAGGAGAGACGACAAGAGGCACGUCUUAAUCCAAAGACAAUAACAAAUAAAGCAGCGAAGGGAAAAUAUAAAUUUUUGCAAAAAUAUUAUCAUCGCGGUGCCUUUUAUCUUGAUCGUGAUGACACGAUAUUCAAGCGUGACUUCUCCGGAGCUACGCUUGAAGAUCACUUCGAUAAAACUGUAUUGCCAAAGGUAAUGCAAGUUAAGAACUUCGGACGGAGUGGAAGAACUAAGUAUACUCAUCUCGUCGAUCAAGAUACUACACAGUUCGACUCACCUUGGAUUUCUGAGACUGCCCAGAACCUAAAGUUUCAUAACAAUCAGGCUGCAGGAAUGAAACAAUACUUCGACCGACCGUCACUAAAAAAACUCAAAACCACCAAUUGAAACAAAUAAAAUAAACAAUAAAUUGGAAAUUUUAUCAAGAAACUCGGUUGAGCCUCGGUAUACAUUAUAUUUAUUUUUUUGUACAUAACGUUCAUUUACAUAAUCUAACUAAUUAUAACACUAUUUAAUUAUGGAAAUGUCUCAGGUUUACAUUGUAACAUUGUAAUCGUCGUUACAAAUAAUUGAGAAUACGUUUAAUCACAUGUUAUUGAUCUAAUGAACAACAAAGUCAAUGAAAUUAAAACGGAAGGGGCUAAUAUCGCGUCUGCUCGUCCUCUAUUAAAUUGUUUAAUAUUGCGAAGAUAUUGUCUAAUAUCUUCUUUCAACGUUUGAUCGAACGGUUAACUCGAUAGCUAUUUUUAUAAUUUUUUUGUGUCAAAAGAAAAUCUGAAUAUUGUGGUGUGAAUGUAGGAUGCGAUUGUACGUAUGGGUGUCUGUGCGUGUGUGCGUUCUAAUUGUGAGUGGUAUACGUGAAGAUACCGAGACGUAAAAUAUUGUAAGGAGUAUUGCUCCGAUUCGACUUAAAAUUGACGACGGUUGACGAGGAACGCUCUCGUCAGUUCGACCCGAGUAUGAAAAGUGUGUAAAUGCGAAAUCUAAUGAGACUCGCAUAUCUCGAAAUAAACUUUCGUUGAAAUGUU